AUGCAAUAGUAUAAAUUGUUUAUUUUAUUUGCAUUUCUUACUCUCUCGUUAUAAUUUGAUGAUGAUAUUGAUGUACAUGAUGAAAUUGAGAAGGUAAUUAUUAUAAUUAUUUAUAUAUUAGUUAAAAUAAAGUUAAUUUGGAUAAACUAUAUUGGAUACUGUUUAGAUUUAAUUAUCUGGACCAGAACCAUUAUAGAAUUUGAUAAAUAUGCUCUAAAAUUUGAAUUCUUAAUUAGAAGGAGAAUAAGAGAGAGAUGAUAGAUUACAUGAGAAAUAUUAAUCUUAAUGUGAAAACGUAUAAUGUUGCAAUUCAUUUCUUUAAAGGAUUUGAGUACCUUAGAAGAUAUUAUUAAUGAAUCAACAAGUACAUCAAAAUUACUUAAGGGAUAGAUUGACUAAUUGGAACCUGAUAAAUAAGCCAAAUUGACAGAUUUAGCUAGAACAGAAACUGAAAUCAAAGAACUUAAAAACGAAUUAGAAUAUUAAACUGAAAAAAGAUAAGAAGAAUAAACUAGAUAUGAAAAAACAUUAGAUAAUUUAGAAUAAGGUUUAUAUGCAUUAAAUGAGGCUAAGAAAAUGUUCAAUACAUUUCUUAAUGUUUUAAUAAAAAAUUAAUAAAGAUUUGCUAGUCUCAUUUAAGUAGAAAAUUAAGACAAAUUUUUAAAUAAAGAUUAUUCAUCCUCUAAUAAUGAUGAUGAUAUAUCUUUGGUAGAAAUUGCUUAAUAAAUUAAUAAAUUAAAACAUAAUGUAAAAGCAGAAGGAAUCAAUUUUUUAUUACAUGGGAUAUCUCAUAUAGUAAAUCUAUUAUCUAAAGAUCCUACAGAAGAAUAAGAAUCAAUGAGUAGAAAAGUCUUAGAAAUUAUUUCACAAGUAGACAAUUGGAUUCAAAAACAAAGAAUUUAUGAAGAUUUAUCUGAAUAAUAACGUAAAGAUGCUUUUGGUGCCUUAGCUUAAAUGUUAGAAGAUCAAAUUAUAUUAAAAUAAUAAAAUCUAACCUUUUUAUAAGGUAUAUAUAUAAAUAAAGAUUUAUUAUUUAGGAUCAAUUGAAUCUUUAAAUUCUUAGAUUACAAGUGCUAAAAAUGAAAAAGCUGAAGUGGAUGUUAAGAUUGAAACAAAAACAUCAUAAAAUGAUGAUCGAGAUACUGAAUGUAGAAAUGAAGAUUUAGAUUAUUAAAGUAGUAAGAAUAAGAGAGAUAAAGAAAGAGAAGAAUUAGGACUUGUGUUAGAUUUAGUGAUUAAUAAAAUAGGAUAACUCAAAAAAGAAAUAUUACAAAAAUGA